UUUCUGUUUUCUUAUCUCUUGCCCUUCUGGAAAUCUCCGUUCUCUUUGGUUUUCUGGGUUCAACUUCAAACUAACGGUAUAUAUCUUCAAAAAUCUGUUCUUUUUCAAAUUCUUCCCCCAACUUUGCAUCAACCAUGGUUCUUUUAGUUUACCUAGUGGUGUUCUUAGCCUUCACUGGUCAUUCAAGUGCUACCUACUGUUUGUGCAAAGAUGGAGUGAGUGAGCAAAUGCUUCAGAAAGCACUGGAUUAUGCUUGUGGAGCAGGAGCUGAUUGUUCUCCGAUUAAUCAGAACGGUCCUUGUUUUAAUCCCAAUACAGUGAAAGAUCACUGUAAUUAUGCAGUCAAUAGUUAUUUCCAGAAGAAAGGUCAAGCUCAAGGGAGCUGUGAUUUUUCUGGCACUGCUUCUGUUAGUUCAAAUCCUCCUCCAAAUGUGCCUUCUUCUUGCAGUUUCCCUUCCAGUGGAUCAAGUUCUACUCCGACGACCGAACUCCGACGACCGAACUCCGACGACCGGAACUCCGACAACACCGACCAAUGGUGUUCCUUCGACAACGCCGACCAUGGGGACUCCAACAACACCGACAACCGGAACAACCAGCGGGAUCCCUUCAACAACCCCUACCACUGGGACAAACACCGGGACACCGGUGUUCGGAGGCGGAACCACCUCGCUUGGUCCGUCGGGGACAACCACGGGCAUCACCGAUCCAAAUCGUGCUGCAUCUGUCUUCACCGCCAACAUUGCCUUCACUUUGGCCAUCAGCCUUUGGGUUCUUCUUCAUCUUGUUAAUUAAUUAAUCAAAAUCAAUGCAUGUAGGGAAAUCAUUUGGUAGAGAGCCAAAAGAACAUGAGAGAUUAAAUUCAUGUAUGCAUGUAUGUAGUGAUCAUUUUAGCUUUUGUUUUUCAUGUCUUGGCCAUGUGCAAAAAGAUUGGAAUUUGAUUCCAUUUUCAGUGCU